GGCGCGGGGCUUGGGGCCCGCCCGGAGGGCUGAGCCCGUGCGCACCGGCGCCUGCUGAGCACCGCCAGGGAGGGACGCGUCCUGUACCAGAGAAGAGCGCAGCAAGAGCACCGUAAAUUUGCGCCAAGAAGAGGAGGCAUUUUCUCCAGCAAUGAAUUCCUCAUUUAUCCUGCAUUUCUUGGAUAUCAACCUGAAUGCUACAGAGGGCAACCUUUCAGGAACAAAUGUCAAGAACAAAUCUUUGCUGUGUGAAGACAUGGGCAUUGCUGUGGAAGUGUUUCUGACUCUGGGUCUCAUCAGCCUCUUGGAGAAUAUCUUGGUCAUAGGUGCCAUCGUGAAGAACAGGAACCUGCACUCUCCCAUGUAUUUCUUCGUGUGCAGCCUUGCAGUGGCUGACAUGCUGGUGAGCAUGUCCAAUGCCUGGGAGACCAUCACCAUAUACUUGAUAAACAACAAGCACCUGGUGAUAGCAGAUGUCUUUGUGCGUCACAUUGACAAUGUCUUUGACUCCAUGAUCUGCAUUUCCGUGGUGGCUUCCAUGUGCAGCCUGCUGGCCAUCGCGGUGGAUCGGUAUGUCACCAUCUUCUACGCCCUGCGCUACCACCACAUCAUGACGGUGAAGCGCUCUGGGGUGAUUAUUGCGGGCAUCUGGACCUUCUGCACAGGCUGUGGCAUUGUGUUCAUCAUCUACUACGAAUCCACUUACGUUAUCAUUUGCCUCAUCUGCAUGUUCUUCACCAUGUUGUUCCUCAUGGUGUCUCUGUACAUACACAUGUUCCUCCUGGCUCGGACCCACGUCAAGCGCAUCGCAGCUCUGCCUGGAUGCAGCUCCGCGCCGCAGAGGACCAGCAUGACGGGCGCCGUCACCCUUACCAUGCUGCUGGGCGUGUUCGUCGUGUGCUGGGCUCCGUUCUUCCUCCAUCUCGUCUUGAUCAUUUCGUGCCCCCAGAACCUCUAUUGCUCUUGUUUCAUGUCUCACUUCAACAUGUACCUCAUACUCAUCAUGUGCAACUCUGUGAUCGACCCUCUGAUCUAUGCCUGCCGCAGCCAGGAGAUGCGGAAGACCUUCAAAGCGAUGAUUUGUUGCCACGGCCUCAGAACCGCCUGCAGGCUCCCGGGCAGCUACUAAACAGAGUGCACCUCUCGGGGCUCCCAUCUUCUUUGCUGGCGCACCGAUGAGCAAGUCAUAAGGCCACAGCCGAGGAGUCAGCAAGGUUGCUCGCAGCCCAGAGCGUGCAUGACCUUUCUCUCUCCUAGCUCAGACUUGGGCCUCGGAUCUAGUCCUGCUUCAGCUCCUGUGAUUAUUGUGUCGAAUGUGCUUGUUGCUUAUCCGUUCUAGGCACAACCUGUGACAGUUUCUUACUGUUCUUUUUUCAUCCUCCUGUUUCUACUGCUCCCACCCAUUUCUGGGGGGCCCAUCCGUCCUCUAUGUCGCAAGCGUGUGUACUGGGGGGGGCUGUACAACGUCCCGAGCGCGGGUCUAAGCGCGGGGAGGACUGACUGGUGCUGGGGAGAAGCCGAGCCUGCCCCCGCGGCGCGGGCUGCGUCCUUUCCCGAGCAGGCCACGCUCCACUCGGCCUGCGAGCGUUGCGCGCUGUUGAGGGCAGAACAGCAAGGUCACAUUCUUUCCGUCUGAUACUCCGAUUCAUUUGUUCUGGGAUGUCUCCAUAGCUCUCCUUUCCUGAUUUGGUUUAUGUCUUAUGCCUGUAAUUGCCUGAGGAUGGGGUUUCCUUAAUUAUACUUCUGUCAAUCAUGGUGGUGCACUUACCCAGACAUUAAACUUUGUGCUACAAACCUUGCCUCAUGUGUUGUGACAGUCUGCGACUCUGCCUUAUUUGUGCUCAUUCCAGGGUUUCCCAAGGGGUGUGUGGGGCCACGUCGGGAGCUCAAGGUGCCCCCAUGCAGCAUGUGACACAUGCCCACAGCCAAGCUCGCUUCGACUGGCCCACACUGGGUCUGCCUCGGUGUCUGAAACCCUGUCACUGUGCACUUGGCAGAUGUCAGUCAGUC